AUGAAUAGAAUAGAUGCUAAGUGGUAUGAAAUUUGGAUUGGAGAAGAUAUUGAUUAUAAAGUUGUUGAUGAAUAUGCUUUAAAUCUCAUUACUGAACUUAUUAUCAUAAAACAAGAUCUCCACAUUUAUGCAAUGAGUAAAGAGAGUCAAUGUAUGUCACAAGUUGUAUUAAAUUUACUUAAAGCCUUUGAAGAAGUUACAAAAAAAUCUACUAAUGAAGUUAUAGAAAAACAAACUGGUGAAAAAGAAUCAACAGUAGUUUGUCUUCGUUGGUUAAUGGGUGCAGAGUUUAUUGUCGAGUCAUGUAAACCUCUCAUUCAAAAAGAUAACGAAACACUUAACCAGAUUGAAGAAGUUCUCUCAAACAUGAAGAACAUGAUUGGCAUUGAGUCAGAAAAUACUAAAAAUCAGAGGUCCACAGCUGUUUCAAAUACUAUGAAUAAAUUUGAAGCUCUUAUUUGUUCCUUUAAACUUAGUGCUGCUGUUAAUGAAGAGAAAAUGGGUAAAAUCACUAGGGUUCGUGACCAACAAAGAAACAUUUCAUGUCUUGAUGUUCCAAUGGAAAAGAAUUAG